CAUUUGGAUUAUUGGUUGGCUUGGCUCCCUGGUCUUGGCAUUAACGUAUUCAAUUUUCCAAGAUAUUCCCCAGAUUUCGUAGUAAUCUCGACUCGCGGCCCUCAUCACCAUUCUACGUUUUGGUUUCGUGGAACCCGAUUCAGGAUUGGUUUAAUUGAAUAAUGAAUAAUCCUCCUGAGCUUACUUCUACCAAGGAUAUUUUCGUUCCUUGAUUUCCUUGUUCAUGCUUUGAUCCCUUUCUGGGUUAUCCAUUAAAAACCCUAAUUCCUCGACUUCACGAACUUCUCUUUUUUCGUCUAGUCAAUGACAGCCUCCCAGGGUAAAGUUACGUACUCUUCACUUUCGAAUGUAGAAAAGGGGAACUCUGAAUUCCACUAUGAUGGCAAUAGUCAUUAUGCUGAGUCUACUUGGAAGGCGCCAAACUCUUGUACGAGUAGCUCAAAGUCUUCAAAGCAAGAGUUUCUGUACCAGUUUCCCUCUGAAAGUGAGGAUUUGUAUGACGGAGGUUAUGAAUCAAGUGAAGAUCCAUGUAGUAUUGAACCCUCUAACAUCCCUCCAGAGGUGAACUUGAAGAAUGUGCUCGGUGGGAUUGUUGCAAUUUUGACUGGACGGAAUAGAGGUCCAAGCAUUAGUUCAAAUCAGCAAUUCUCAAUUUCUAAUGUCUCAUUUCUUGGUUCUGGAAAGAAUGGAGAUGCUGUCCUACACUCUUCAGUCUACACACCAAGUGCACCGCCUCUUUUUGAGCCGGCUGGAAUUAAUUAUAGUGCCUACAAAGAGGUGUUGGAGUCUGACCCCCCUGAGUGGCUUCCAGACAGUUCUGCUACCGUUUGUAUGCAAUGUACUGCACCAUUUACUGCACUCACUCGUGGAAGACAUCAUUGCCGUUUUUGUGGGGGUAUUUUUUGUCGAGCUUGUUCAAAGGGGCGGUGUUUGUUACCAGUUAAGUUUAGGGAAAGGAAUCCGCAGAGGGUGUGCGAUGCCUGCUAUGAUAGGCUUGAUCCUUUACAGGGUGUUCUUGUCAACACCAUUAGCAAUGCCGUGCAGGUAGCAAAGCAUGAUGUGAUGGACUGGACUUGUUCUAGAGGGUGGCUUAAUCUCCCUAUUGGUUUGUGUAUGGAACAUGAUAUAUAUAAAGCAUCAAAUACAUUGAGAAGCUACUGUCAGGUGGCUAGAUCUAAUCCUGAGAGGUCUAUUCCCUUAGCCAUUCUCAGAGAAGCCAAGGGCUUAGCAAUUUUAACAGUUGCCAAAGCUGGUGCGCUGGUCUCGUACAAACUUGGUACUGGUCUGGUUGUUGCUCGGAGAUCAGAUGGGUCGUGGUCUGCACCAUCAGCCCUAUUCUCCCUGGGUUUAGGAUGGGGUGCUCAGAUUGGUGGAGAACUCAUGGAUUUUAUAAUUGUUCUUCAUGAUAUGAAAGCUGUGAAGACAUUCUGCAGUCGCAUGCACUUUUCUCUUGGUGCUGGUUGUAGUGCUGCUGCAGGGCCUCUUGGAAGAGUGCUGGAAGCAGAUAUUCGAGCUGGUGACAGAGGUUCUGGAAUGUGUUACACCUACAGUUGUAGUAAAGGUGCAUUCGUGGGAGUGUCCUUGGAAGGUAAUAUUGUUGCCACCAGGAUGGAAGCCAACCUGCGCUUUUAUGGCGAUCCUUAUCUCACUACGACUGAUAUUCUACUUGGAUUGGUGGCCAGACCAAAGGCAGCUGAACCAUUGUACGCCUCUCUUCAAGAACUAUAUUCCAGUUUGAUUCAUUAGGUCCACUUCCAGUUGCAUACGGCAGCAGUCAUGCUGUCAACAUGUGAAGGUGCAUCGAAAAUUUGUGGUUCUGUAUAUGCGUACGUCACAUUUAUGACUCCUGAAGUGUAUAGUUUCAUUUACUAAUUUAUUGUCGUUGGUAUCUACUGUGCCAAUCAGUCAUACCGUGGGUCAAGGGACCCCUUUCCCUUUCCCACAAUAAACCAAGAUACGUAUAUCAUAAUUCAACCGCAAAUAAUGCUCCCCCCCCCCCCCUUGUUCCUUGUAAAAAUUAUGUGUUAUCGGACUUGGAUUUUUUUUUUUUAAAUCGGAGUUGGAUUGUACAUAGUAAA